AUGCUAAACGACAUCAAGAAGCUCGGGGCUUCCGCCUGGAGGGAGGUUCAGCAUUUCUUCAGAAGACCCCGAGAUGCUGUCCACACGGUUCUCAGCCUCUGCUGCAUCAUCCUCUCAGCUUUGAUGCUAUGGAAAGUGCUGGUGUUGGCUGCGGGGAGUCCAUCUCCAGUUGUGGUGGUGCUGAGCGGCUCUAUGUUGCCUGCCUUUAGCCGUGGCGAUAUUCUCUUUCUGCUGGAUCACGGCCCCAAAGCGGCUGUGGGGGACAUCGUAGUUUUCAAGGUUGAAGGCAGAGACAUCCCCAUUGUACACCGCGUCCUCAAUCUGCAUGCGAACAGCGCGGGGGAAAUGAGGCUGCUGACGAAGGGAGACAACAACAACGUCGAUGACAGGGGGCUCUAUGCCAAUAAAGACUUGUGGCUGAAGGACUCCAGCAUCAUGGGCACCACCGUUGUCUACCUCCCCUACGUUGGCCAGGUCACGAUCCUUCUGAACGACUACCCUGUAAUCAAGUGGACGUUGAUAGGCGGAAUGAUUGCACUCGCUCUCUUAGGCUAUGAAUAA